AUGGCGAACACGGGUCAUACCAAUACGGAACAAAGAAAAUUGUCGAAUCUGUCGGAUAUUGAACUGGUUCGAGGUGUAGUGAUUGGCGAUGACGAAUCCGUCAUAACGAUGAUGAUGGAAAAGUAUGCUGAGUUCAAUGGACUGCCAUACAAUGACCAGAAAAAAGAGCUUAUAACGGCAUUCAAUGGUCGGAAAUGCAUUUUCAAAGCCGUUUCCAUGGAGCAUACGGAUCGAGGUUUCGAUGAUCCUCAUGUGUUCUUGCUCUGUUUGUCAGUAGCAAGGCAAACAAGUGCAGAGGAAACAGUUCAACUGAUCUUCAACACAUUGGUGGAACGUAUUCGUGGGGUACCGUACGUUCUCGUCGGAACUCAAAUCGACAAACGUCUAUCAAUGCUGAUCGAGAACUAUGGCUGUGGUCAGAUGAAGUAUCUACCAAUGCCUAUGAACAAAGCAGAAUCGUACGCAAAACGAAUUGGUGCUAGCAAAUACCUAGAGUGCUCCGAGGUUACAGGAGAAGGCAUAGACGAAGUCUUCGAGGAGGCGUUUGAAAUCGGUCACAAUUAUGCUCUCGAACAACUACGUGGCUAUCGACGAAAAAUGUCCGCAGCAGCUCAAAUUCCAAAGGAUCGGAAAUUAAGCUGUAUCACGCAGUAG